GUCCUCCAGUGCUGCCGGCCCCCCUCCUCCAAUGCUGAGGGAGUACCGCCGUGACGUCACUGGGGCGCGACGCAGGCCUUCCGCGCCGACCGCUCGGGAAUGAAUCAUGGCUGAAGACUCUCAGAGAAAUUUCCGUUCGGUCUAUUAUGAAAAAGUGGGGUUUCGUGGCGUUGAAGAGAAAAAAUCAUUAGAAAUCUUGCUGAAAGAUGACCGCCUGGAUAUUGAGAAGCUCUGCACCUUUAGUCAAAGAUUUCCUCUUCCGUCCAUGUAUCGGAUCCUGGUGUGGAAGGUACUUUUAGGGAUUAUUCCUCCUCAUCAUGAAUCUCACGUCCUGGUGAUGAUCUACCGAAAGGAGCAAUAUAUGGACGUGUAUCAUGCCCUCCAAGUAAUUCGCUUCAUCAGUGAUUCUACCCCACAGGUGGAAGUUUUCCUUCGCAUGCAUCAACUAGAAGCAGGAAAGUUGCCUCGAAAUCCAGCAUUUCCUCUGGAAGCAGAAGAUGAAGUGUUUCUUGCUAUUGCGAAAGCCAUGGAGGAAAUGGUGGAGGAUCCUAUUGACUGCUAUUGGCUGGUCAAUUGUUUUGUGAAUCAGUUACAUAACAAGUACAAAGAUUCAUUGCAACAAUUGCCAAAAGUUCUUGAACAGUAUUUGAACCUUGAAGACAGCAGACUCCUGAUGCAUCUGAAGAUGUGCUCCACAAUGAGCAAGCUUCCCUAUAAUCUUUGGUUUAAGAAGUGUUUUGCAGGCUGUUUACCAGAAUCCAGUUUACAGAGGGUUUGGGAUAAAGUUAUUAGUGGAUCCUGCAAGAUUCUUGUUUUUGUUGCUGUGGAGAUAUUAUUAACCUUCAAAAUGAAAAUCAUGGCCCUAAACAAUGCAGAAAAAAUCACCCAGUUUCUGGAAAAUAUUCCACAAGACAACACGGAUGCGAUUGUGAGCAAAGCUAUUGAUUUGUGGCACAAACAUUGUGGAAACCCAGCGCAUUUGGUAUGAGAACUUGCUGAAGUAUCUGCAGAUUGGGAAAAGGUGCCUUUUGAAGAGCUGGAGCCAUUUCCAAAAUCUGGCCUUGGGGAUUGUACUCAGCCGAUUAUAAAGUUUGUGGACAGAUGAAAACUUUUCCACAAAACUGGGAAGCAUGGAUCAGGUCGGCAUCAACUGUGGCCCAGUGGCUCCAUAAAAACCUUCAUUUUAAAAUCUGCAUAUGUAAAACUCUGACUGAAGCUGCUAGAUGAGUAUGACUCUGGGGGAAGAAUUGGUUCAAAGGACCUGUUUUAUUACUGUUAUACAGAGGUAAUGGAAUGAUUUUGAUGAAGGCAGUGGAAUUAUGUCUGGUGUACUUGCCAGGCCCCAUGUAGAUGGAAUAUUUUUUUGAAAAAGCAGCACAAAUAAUCUAGUUUAAAAUAACAAGGAAUUUAUGGUUUGUGCGCGUCAGACCAUGGCCUUAAACCUGUGGUCUUAGCUUGCGGCACAGCCGCUCAUCCUCAGCAGACGCAGGUGGCCAGCAGCCUCCAGCUGGUCCCAGCCACAUGCCCACUCCCUGCCACUGGAGUGGGCUCAUCCCUUCCAAUAUAAACCCCUGACCCAGAAAAGGAAGUGUCUGGGGAACAAGGUUCAACCCUAUUCCUAGGCUGCUACACCCUUGGCUUGUGCUGCUACUGGCUUCCUGACAGACUCUCGGGAUACCUGACCUGGUUUGCCCAUACACCCCGAGUUUAGCCUGACCCUUUGGAUACCCGACCCAAAUCUGGUUUGAUUUUGUGGAUGUCUGACCCAGCUAGUUUCUUGACCCCAUGUUCUGCCUGACCUUCUGGAUCUCUGGCUUGGUUCCUUGGACGGAUCUGCUGGCUUGUGGCUUCCCUCGGCACACUCCCCUUGGACCUCAGUUGCUUCUUCUGACUCUGAGGUAAGCCCCAGACCUGGUUGCCUACGACCUGGCAUGGCAGUUUUGGUUUGUUUUUUUUUAAAUGGAACAUGCUUUGGAGGUAUUAGACAAGUCAUAAGUCAACUGUUAGGUUAAAGUUUUCAUUUCAGGACUAAGAGCCCUGCUUUUCACACCUGAAUGGGUGCAUUUCAUCAUGCUGGCUUUCUGAAGCUCAGAAGUAGCUUGGAAAAGUGUUUUCUUUUUAAAAUUUAGUUUUGGCUAGGGACAGAAGUUACACAUCAACCAGUUUAAGUGAUCAGAAACUGGUUUAAACCUGUAACAGAACAGAAGUUCAGUGCACAUACAGCAGUUUCAAAAUGGUCAAAACUACCUUAAGAUAAACCUGGUUGAAUGUUGUAUGAGAUGUAACUGAUUUAGGUCAAACGGGUUUGUGGAACUUCUGUCCCAGACCCUGUCCUGGUUCAAGUUAAAUCACAGUCCCCCAGCAUCCCAGGAUGCUUUGCAGCUCUGGGCUUGGCUGUGCAGUCUGCUUGAGCAAAGCAGGGCUGGCCCCACCCCUCUGUUCUCGAGCCAGAGCAGUGAGGGCUGGCUGACAAGGGGUGGGGGUGGGAAACCUGGCUGGGGACGCAGCCCGGUUUGCCUGGCAUGGGCAGAGCAGCCCCUGCCAGACUUCCCAGGUGGAGUGGACAGGGCAGGGGUGCAGGACAGCAGGCUCAGGCCAAGGGGAGGAAGGGGGAUUAAACCGCCCUGCCUCCCCUCUCCCACCACCAUGGGGCCCCAGCCAGGAGCUGCUGGCUUUUCCUGCCUGUUUGCCACUCCAGUGGCAGGGGGCACAGCCAGGCCGUCUGGUUUAAACCCUCCACCCUGGCCUGCAUGGACCCCAGCCAGGGUGUGCCUGGAGGGGGAAGGGGGAAGCAGCCCUUGCCAGGUUUGUUCCCGAGUGGUGGGGGCAUGGGCAGCCAGCAGCCCAAGCAGCUUCCCUCUGCUGCCUCCCCCCACCUUCCCCUUUUGCCUGAAGUGCUUCCUGGGCCACUGGCUGGCCAUCCCUCUGCUGCUUGAGUGGCUGGUGGGCGGGGGAGCCAGCAAACCCUAGCUGAGGUCUCAUGUUGGUGGGAGAGGGGAGGCAGGGGGGUUAAUCCCCCUCCCUCCCCACUCCACUUGCCUGAGGUGCUGCCUGGGUCACCAUCUGGCCAUGCCCCUUGCCACAUGAGGACAAACCUGGCAAGGGCUGCUUCCCCCCUCCCCCUCCAGGCAGACCCUUGCUGGGGUCUCUGUAGACCAGGGUGGGGGGAGAGUGUGGUCAGGCCCUGGCAGGCCACUGAGUAUGAUUGGGAAGGGAUUUAUUUCUCUGCCAUUGCCUGUGUAUGAUUGCUCCAGGCAUGUUUCUGAGCGGAGUGCAGCUAGAAUUCCUUUUCUUUUUACUAGGACAAUAAAGGCAGCAUCAACACAUUCCAUUUUAGAGGAAAAUACAUAAAACAAAUGACAAGCAAAUAAAAUAGUCACAAUUUGGCCUGGUUUUCCUGAAAAGCAGCCAUGUCCAGAGCUGAAAAUAAGUACCAUUCUCUAAUUCUCACUCUGUCAGCUCCCAGUUUAUGACCAGCAUUUGCAAUGUGUGACAAAGACCCCAGAUGAUAAAGAUAAUGUUAAGCACAGGGGAAAGCUUAACGGGUUGAGAUAGCAAGAGAUGGGGUUGGGAAGUAACUCAGUUCUUGAAGGUGGAACUGAAAUGACAAAUAAAGCCAAUGGACAAGUUUCAGUAAGUCUGAACUCAGUGCGUUUAACUGAUAGAACUACAGAUUUUUUAUGACCGGGAGGUGAUUUUGGUAAAAUGUGUGACCUGUCUUGGAGUUAUGUGUAGUGGAGAGGGAUAGUUGCUAAUAACAGGAUCCACAAAAAGACUUAGGUGCUGCAGUGCUCUGUGCUUGGGUGCUCUCUCAGCUUGUGUUGCACUUUGCCUCGACUAAUUAACAUCUUCAUUGGUGCCAACAGUCCCUUGGUACCAGGAUGACAUUUUUCCAGAUGAUAUGGAAGUCAUCAGUGCGUUUGGAGACAACUGAAGAGGCCAAUCCAAGAUCUGCAUGUUUCACGUCAGACAUGGCAUACAGUUGCAGAAGGAAGGAGUGGAUCCUGGUGAUGUUGGGUCACAGAGCUUUCCUCUUAUCGUUCUGGCCUAUUUGCCUCCAUGGUGAGGUGAGUUUGCUCAAAAUGGUUGAUGCUUUGUCAUACUUCACGGUGCCAUUGGGGAAGAUUCAGUGCUCGAGUCUUCCAGGUAUUGAUGUUCAUAUCACAUUUCUUCUGAUUGGCCUUCACUUUGCCUGGACUAAUUAAUGAGUCAUUGGGCUAAAGAGAUGAAGGAGGAGCCCUCAUCUUCUACACUUUUUCCUACUGGUGAAUGUAUUUAGUGAGAAGCAAUUUGUCUCAGUUCUCCCAUGUUUCUGGCAAGUGAGCUAGCCAGUGAGCCAACUAACUCCAUCUGGUAGCUGGAUUCUGGGGGACCAGAUCAGCUUGGGUUUGGUGAAAAACGUUAUCAUACCCCCUGUUUUCCUUUAAAGCACAGGUGAUCCUAUUAGAUUCUACCAUCCUGUUAGAGUUCAGUGGUUGGAGCAGUUACCCAGGAUGGAGAAGAUUUCUUUCUGGUUGAUGGGACACCUGCACUUCUUACCUCCUAGAAAUGUUCUUUAAUCACUAGACAGUUCUGGGGGAGGAGAGGGUCAUGCAUGCGCACCCUCCUGUUGAUGCCAUUGUACUUUGCAUGUGAGAGACAAAGAGACAGUAUGCACACAUGACAUAUGAGUUUGGAUCUGGAGACAUUUAUGUGAAAUCGGGUAGCUUUGCCUCUAAUCCAUGUUUCAUAAACCCUUUCAAUAUUUAUGCCAAUGACUGUUUAUUGUAAAAUGUCACCUUGGGCCACUGCCAGCUCUUUGUUUGUAGGGACUCCCUUUGAAUGGAGGAUCUCAAAGUUAACUACCCCAGGAUUAGCCAGGCUGUGGUGGCAGAGUGGUUAAGGGAUUCUUGCUGUGGCUCCAGAAACACAAGUUCUUGCCCUACUUGGGACUCAAGCCAAAGACUUCCUUCCAGUCAACCCAGCUGGAAAUAAGUGCCUGGCCAUUUAGCAUGGGGACUCAAAAGUAGCUUGAAGUAAUGCUGGUUACAUUAUUCCCUUUGCCGUUGGCUAAGAAACCCGUGCACCUGAAGCACAUCAGCCCAACAGGCUGGAAAGCUUUGGAUUACUUUCGACUGGCUUUGCCUAAUGUUAGCCCUUUGUUACCUCCUGUGAAGGUGAGAAAAUACUAAAGAGUUUCCGGCAUCAGUCAGAAUCCAUAAGCUGAACACAGACAGAUGCUACCUUCCAUUCUGCCAGGCAGAUGGCACUGGCCUGCUUCUCAAGGAGCUCCCGGCAGUAAUUACAUGCCCUGCUGAGACAGAGCACCUGCUAUUAUUUCACACAGUCAGCAAAGCAAUCCCAAUGAUCAUACAAACAUGAUAUACUAGCUAUCAUUCCUCCCCUGGGAAGGGCACAGUGGGGCAGAGUUUAUGAGCCUCUCCUCCCUACCCGUUCCUGUCUGAUAAACUGGGGCCGUGAGCUUGCAUUUAGAGCUCUUGGAUCCAGUCCUGGCACUUUGCCAUCUUAGCUCUCUGGUGUUAACACUGGUUUCUCAUUCUUUGAUAAUACAUCAAAAGGAAGAUUGCCCUCCCCUGCCCUUUUUCCUCGCUGUAGCGUACAGCACCCUGGCUCAUGUCCAAAUUGACACUGGCAACAGUUAAGACUAAUGGGGCUCCUCAUAGGGAUUUUUUUUUUAACUCAGUGGUGCCCCAUCACCACCACAUAGGUAGGUGGCACCACCUGGGCCUGGAUCAAGGUGUAGACAAGACCUAUAGUCUUUCCAAGCAGGUAGAAGUUCCCCCUUUGUGCUGUACCCUGGAUCUCGGUUCUUGUUUCUUAAUAUGAUGUACAAGGCUGUAAUAAGAUUCAGGAUUUUGUGUGUGCGUGCAUGUGUGCCGGGAGGGGGUUCUGCUUCCUUCUCCCAGGUUUAACGCUGUCUUUUAAACUUGAAAAAGCUGACUGUUAAAUGCAUAGACACCAGAGAUGCAAUAAACUGAAGCUUGACUUUGUAAGUCACCUCAGUGAGCUUGUGCCUCCCAAGGCAGGGGAGUUGUGGAUUUUUGCAGGAAUGGAUCAGUUGUGGGGGGGCAGGCGGAGAGAUUGUGCACUUGCACCCCCCCCCUCCCCCUUUGAUUUCUAGGUCACCCAAAUUUAAAAACAACUGCCUGGCAAUGGUAGCAGCAUUUCUAGCCAGGUAGCGCUGAGUGGGUCAAUUGACUUCAUGCGUCAUUGCAAUCUACCUGAUGUCUUUUAGAUGCUUCAUGCCACAAGUGUUAGCAACACUCUCUCCUUCUUAGUGGUCUUGAUGUUCCACUAAUUAAGCUAUGCUUCCUCCUACAAUUCCAUUGUCUGUUAGCUGCUCCUGGUCAUGAAGCUCCUAUUUCACAGUGCUGCAGAUUGUUUUUGACUCAUUCCAAUGGAGUUAUAUUUGUUUCUUGCUUUGAUCUUAACUAACACAACCCUAGGCUGCUAGCAUAUUAGUAAAGCAUCUAGUUUAUUUUUAACAGGAGAAAAAUGUAUGUUGUUUUAUAUGUGAUGAUGCACCUGACCAUCUGCACCCUCGCUCCGCCUUUCAAAAUCCUAGAUCUGCCUACAGGUUCUGGUCCUGCACAUCCUUAUGAGCCAUUGGGAAAGAGGAGAAGAUAAAGAAAGGGAGCAGAUACUUAUUUAAAACUAACAAACCUGGGCCAAUGCUUGAUGAAUAAGACGGUGUGUGUAUACCAAGCUUGUGAGGCAAGCAGGAGUGUCAAGUGGUUACUGGAAAUGGUAACUUUUAGGUCAUUAAACACAGAGUAGCUGUUGUUGCUGGGGCAACCUAACUGGAACAUCUCUUUCUCUUUGUUUGAUCUUAAAAAUAAAUAAAAACAGUGACAUAAUUAUUA